UUCCAAGGAUCUUUAGAGAGGGUGGUUUUGUCAUUUCAUCAAACAGUAGUGCCGUUGUUGACACGUUUUAAGACGUGAAAAAUACGAAGCUUUCUCAGACUAGCACGGUCCGUUGGAGACAAGUCAAUAUUUGAAUUGGAAAUUGCAGCGUUUCGGGUCUGCAGGUGAUGAUUGAUGAUUCUUCGACGAUUAAAUUUUGUUUCAAUUAUCUUGAUCUUCGCUAUCUCUGCAGCGGAAGCCGCAGAACACUGUGAACAAACAUGUAAAACAAGCAAGUUACUUAAAUCUGUACCAUAUCCAUUCGGGUUCUCAAAGGGUUGCCCGAUCCAGCUGCACUGCCACCCCACCACUCAGUCCGUUAGAAUUGGAGAGUUUGACGUUCAAAAUGUGACGGUGGACAGUAUCUUCGUUAACCUUCCGCCGAAAUGUAACCGCCAGAUGAGCUCACUCCGUCCCCUUUUCAGCCACAAUUACGGGAUGACGUCACUGAACAGUUUGCUUCUCCAAAACUGUACUGGUAGUCAAAACGACUGCGUUUUACCGACGAGUUUGGCUGAGCAACAGUUUAAUUUGGGCUCAUGUGGUAACAGAAGUCCUCAUAUAAACUGCUACUCUUUUAGAAAUAAAAGUGAGACAACUGUGUUGCAGUUUGAAGACUUGAAUCGGACUGGGUGCCAGUAUCUAUUGUCUUCUUUUGCUCUUAACCCGGUCGGAGGCUCUGGCGCUUUGCUCGAAUUUCAGCGAGUUGAGUUGGGUUGGUGGCUUCUUCGCAAUGAUAAGAAUUGCUCUGAAAAUGCUGUGAUUAAAAAUGUCAGCCUCCCUACCAGAGAGCAUGGGUUCCGUUGCAUAUGUAAAGAAGGUUUUCAGGGUGACGGGUUCGCCGCCGGGACUGGCUGCCGCAAAACCUCUGAUUGCAAUGCCAAAAUGUAUUUUUCUGGCCGCUGUAGAGGAACCAAAGUUGGUGCUAUUGUUGGAGGGCUUAUUGUUGGAGCUUCCUUUGCGACUGGUCUGGCUCUUAUAUGUUUCUGCAUCCGAAGGCGCUCUAUUUCUUCGAGAAACCAGCUGAGUGCUAAGCGCCUUUUGUAUCAAGCUGCUGGCAACUCCAGUGUACCGUUUUACCCGUACAAAGAAAUUGAAAGAGCUACCUGUUAUUUCUCUGAGAAGCAGAGACUGGGAACUGGUGCCUAUGGUACAGUUUACGGUGGAAAACUCUACAAUGGUGAAUGGGUUGCUAUAAAAAGGUUUAGAUAUAGAGACACUGAUAGCAUUGACCAAGUCAUGAACGAGAUUAAGCUUCUAUCCUCUGUGAGCCACCCAAAUCUUGUCCGCCUGUUAGGCUGCUGCAUACAGGAAGGUGAACCGAUCCUUGUUUAUGAAUUUAUGCCCAACGGAACUCUAAGUCAGCAUCUUCAAAGAGAUAGAGGUAGUGGACUUCCAUGGACAAUACGACUUACUAUUGCCACUGAGACUGCUCAGGCUAUUGCCUAUCUCCACUCUGUCAUGAAUCCACCAAUUUAUCACCGUGACAUCAAAUCCAGCAAUAUACUCUUGGAUUUCAACUUUAAGUCGAAGGUAGCAGAUUUCGGUCUUUCUAGACUUGGCAUGACUGAGUCGUCCCACAUCUCAACAGCCCCACAAGGGACUCCUGGCUAUCUUGAUCCUCAAUACCAUCAAUAUUUCCAUCUUUCUGAUAAAAGUGAUGUUUACAGCUUUGGGGUAGUUCUGUUAGAGAUCAUAACUGCAUUGAAGGUGGUUGACUUUUCACGCCACCAUAGUGAGGUGAAUUUGGCUGCAUUAGCCAUUGACAGGAUUGGGAGAGGCUGUGUGGAUGAGAUAAUAGAUCCAUACCUUGAACCAUGCGGGGAUGCUUGGACACUCUCAUCCAUUCAUAAUGUGGCCGAGCUAGCAUUCAGAUGCCUUGCUUUUCAUAGAGACAUGAGGCCUACUAUGACAGAAGUGGCAGAAGAACUAGAACACAUCAGGGUCAGUUCAUGGGCUUCAAAUAUUUACAUGGCUUCUCCACCAGUUUCAUGUUUAUCAUCAGACUUUGGUAGUGAGAGAUCACUAGGUCACAUGAUGAUUAAGAAGGCAGGGGCGAUGAGUCAGAAAUUACUUGUUCCUCCUAAGGCUGUUGAGUGUCUGCCCACAGUGGACAAGGUGAAGGAUAGCUCACCCAUGUCUGUGCAGGAUCCUUGGUUAAGCGAACAGAGUUCACCUUCAACAAGCAGUUUACUGGGUAAGUAGUGCAGUGACAUAGAAGUAAUUUCUUACAUUUUUGUGAAUACUAUUGGAGUUUACUAUAAUUUUUGUAGUUAUAAAUAUUCUCUUGGAUGCUUGAUUGCCGAAAUAUAUUGUAUCUAUAAAUGUAAAGAUUAAAAUUUAUAUUACACAAAAUUAAUUAGCUUGUAUUAA